AUGGCUGCUAUUCGGAAAAAGUUGGUAAUAGUCGGUGAUGGUGCUUGUGGUAAAACGUGUUUAUUAAUUGUGUUCAGCAAAGAUCAAUUUCCAGAAGUUUAUGUUCCAACCGUAUUUGAAAACUACGUUGCUGAUAUUGAAGUUGAUGGAAAACAGGUUGAACUAGCACUAUGGGAUACAGCUGGCCAAGAAGAUUACGAUCGACUACGUCCAUUAUCUUAUCCUGAUACUGACGUUAUCCUAAUGUGUUUUGCCAUAGAUAAUCCAGAUAGUUUAGAAAAUAUUGUGGAAAAAUGGCAACCUGAAGUAAAACAUUUUUGUCCAAAGAUACCAUGUUUAUUAGUUGGUAAUAAAAAAGAUUUACGUAACGAUCCAUAUAUUCGAACAGAAUUAGCGAAACAAAAAAAAGAACCAAUUCGUUAUGAACAUGGCAAAGCGGUUGCUGAUAAAAUAGAAGCACAUUAUUUAGAAUGUUCAGCACGAACAAAAGAAAAUAUCCGUGAAGUUGAAUUAGCAUUAUGGGAUACGGCAGGUCAAGAAGAUUACGAUCGUUUGCGUCCGUUAUCUUAUCCAGAUACGGAUGUUAUUUUAAUGUGUUUUGCUAUCGAUAGUCCAGAUAGUUUGGAAAAUAUUCCGGAAAAAUGGACUCCAGAAGUUAAACAUUUUUGUCCAAAUGUUCCUAUACUUCUCGUUGGCAUGUGUAACAAGAGAGAUUUAAGAAAUGAUGAAUCAACAAAAAGAGAAUUGAUGAAAAUGAAACAAGAACCUGUACGUAGUGAAGAAGGACGAGCAAUGGCAGAUAAAAUCAGUGCUGUUAAUUAUAUGGAAUGUUCAGCUAAAACAAAAGAAGGUGUUCGUGAAGUCUUCGAAACUGCCUCGCGUGCGGCAUUAGCACGAAAGAAGAAACGAAGAGGUGGUUGUAUUAUGUUAUAG